ACGAGAGCAUUGUCCUCACUUAAAGCAGGAAGUUACAUUAGCUGUCGCGAAACAAACAAAACAAAAAAAGGUUGUGAAACAUAAAAACGUGGACUUCCACUUAUCCUAGAUCUAGUACAAAAUAAACGGAAGGAAGUUACGAACGUGUGAUAAUUGGUGUAAUGGAAGUAUAUACAUGUUAAGUACUGACUUUAAAAUAGAUAUUACUUUUAAGUUUAUGUGUAAAUAAAACAACUAAUACUAAGAUCAAGAUGAAUUUUUCAACUACAACUAUCGCGGUCAGGAAUAUAACAUCUUCGUUUUGCAAGAUGAUUGUUCCGACAUAUACACUAUCAUUAACACUGCUCAGCUGCAGUUUGUCUAUAUUUGGAUCUUUCGUGAUCAUAAUUACCUACUUAAACCUUCAACAAAUACAGAACUUUACAAGAAAGUUGUUGUUGUCUCUAACUGUAGCGGAUUUGUUAACAGCCGUUGGAAAUUUAAUAGGGAGUGUACGAUAUUUUGCAUUGAGAUCCAAGGCCAACGGUUGCGAACUGGUACAGGUAUCGGAUAGUGUUUGUAUUGUACAAAGUUUCAUCACAACGUUUUCAAGUAUGGCAUCAUUCUUCUGGACGACCGUAAUUGCUCUACAUAUUUACAUGCAAAUUGCUCGUGAGUCACCGGGCAUGCGCACAGGACUGAUGUUGCUUGGUUACCAGGUUAUGUGCUGGGGAAUUCCAGGAAUCAUCACAGUUACAGCUUUAAGUUUAGAAGUUCUCGGUAGCGACGACUCUGUAGGAACCGGAAGUUGGUGCUGGAUCCGAGCCGAGGUAAACGAUCAUGCUCAGAUCGUAUGGAUGAUCAUGUCUGGAAAAGGUUGGGAGAUAUUGUGUUACGUUUUAACUGCGGGACUAUACAUGUUGUCAAAGAUAGCUAUAUGGGCAAAGAGACGAGCCAAUAGGUGGCGUCGUUUUGGAAUGCGGGACGUUGAGGACAUGCGUACUGAAGAUGAAAAUUUUCUUUACGUUCCGCUUGUUUUGUAUGUUCUCCGAAUAUGGGGAACAACACGGUUUUUCCUAGCCAUUUUCAAAAACCAUAUAAACAGUGUACAUCUUACGCGUGCGCAGGAAGUGCUUUUGGUAUUCCAGAGUAUAGGGGACAGCGCGCAAGCGUUCUUUAACUGUGUGCUAUUUUGUUUUUGUGACGCAACUGUGAGGAACUAUUUAUAUACUGUGUUGUUUCGACGACACCGGGAAGAUUUAGCUGAUUCUGAAACUGACGAAAGGACACCGAUACAGACAUAGUAAUUUGACGUUGUGAAUAGCUUAACAUCAAACUUGUAUCCAGCUUGUAAACAAAACGUGUAUACAUAUGAUAUUUAGAGCUUCGACUAUUGACUACGAUGAAAGUACACGAACGUUUCAGGUUGACGUGUUGUUUUUAUGAGGCGUCUUUUCACAUAGUGCCGUUAGACUCAGAUUGCUUCAGAUUCACAAUAUUUGUGGGCAUUGAUUUAUGUGCAAUUAUCUUCAGUGUGUUAGCUUGCAGAUUGGACAAAGUGCUUUGAAGGCGCUUCAUAUUUGACAAGCAAUGGCUAGCACUUCCCUAAAUUUUAACCUCAACAUGAUAGAAUAAAGUCGAAAGAAAUAGGUGGCAAUUGUAGAAAGACGUUGCGCCGAAGAGAACGAUCCCUUCUUAGAAUUACGGCAUUCUGAUUGUUUUCAUCGUUGUAUGUAAAUAUUGUUUCUGUUGGACGUUACUGAUAAACAAAAUUCUUAUCUUUCCUAUUACUCUAUACGUCAAUAUUUGCUGAAUACAUCGUAACUAGAAAGCCGAAUGGAAA